AUGAUUUUGCUCCGGUAUCUGCAACAAUCAAAAGGAUGCCUGAUACGAUCUACUAUUGUACAGCCUGGUUCUCGAAAAUGUACUUCUGGUCUAGUUUUUAUUCGUCGUUUAACUGAACCCUCAGUUGGUUUUUUAAACAUUGAUUCUUCACUCACCCAAAACUCACACAAAAUAUCUCUUCGGUCAUACCAAAAUGAGUGUAUCAAGGAAUGCCUUGAAUCAUUUGCCAAUGGGAAAAACCGCAUCGCUGUUUCACUUGCUACGGGCUCAGGAAAAACAGUUAUUUUUUCCCAUCUUUUAUCUCAAAUCACUCCACAGCCAGGCCAAGGCUCUUGCGUACUGAUCCUCGUACACCGUCGCGAGCUCGCAACUCAGGCUCGUGAUACAGUUCAACGGGUUUGCCCGCAUUUAAAAGUCCAGAUUGAAAUGGGGAAGGAAUGUGCAGAUGUUGAUGCAGAUGUUAUUGUAGCUUCCGUGCCAACAUUAACUACCAAAUCUUUAAAACGCUUAGAAUACCCUCAGUUUGAUCCAAAAAGAUUUAAACUAAUUAUUGUAGAUGAGGCCCAUCAUGCCGCGGCGCCUACAUAUUUAAAGAUCCUUAAGUUUUUUGGAGCAGGAACUCCAGAAACCAAAAUUUAUGUAGCUGGCUUUUCUGCUACAUUUUCGCGGCUCGAUGGAUUAAGCUUAAAGUCUGCCAUGGACCAUGUAGUAUACCACCGAAGCAUGAUGGAAAUGAUUAAAGAUGGGUUUCUUUCUGAUUUAAGACUUACAACUAUCAAAGCUUCUUAUGAUUUGCAGCCGCUUCUUGAUGAAGAAAAUGCAAAAUGGGAAGAACAAGAGCGACAGAGACUCAUGACAAAUACUUUAAAAAGCCCCAGUAUUCGAAAAAUCAAACCACCAUCUAAGCGUGGUGAUUACAAUUCUGGGCUACUUUCCAAAAUUUUAAAUACAAACGAAAUCAAUGAACUUGUGGUCAAGAUUUGGAAACGGAUAUGCUUGGAAAAGUAUCUUUCGACUUUAAUUUUUUGUGUCGACAUUAAACAUGCCGAAGAUCUUGCGACAAAAUUCCAAGAACAUAAUAUAUCUGCAGAAUACAUUUCUUCCAAAACUCCUGAUGGAGAACGUGCUGCCAUUCUUAAGCGGUUUAAAAAUAGAGAGACACCCGUGCUCAUCAAUUGUGCUAUUUUGACAGAAGGAACUGAUAUUCCCAAUAUUGACGCAAUAAUGCUUCUGCGACCCACCCGCUCGGAAUCUUUAUUAGUACAAAUGGUGGGCCGUGGAUUAAGGUUACACCCUGGGAAAGAACACUGUCAUUUAAUUGAUUUUGUGGGAAGCACUUCUGCACAAAAGAGUGGCAUGUAUACGACUCCUACACUUAUGGGAUUGGAUCCAAAUGAUUUGGUUGAAGAUGUUUCUUUGAAGGAAAUUGAGGAAAUGAAUGAAGAGAAGAGAAAGAAAGAGAGGGAAAGGGAAGAAAGAGAAAAGGAAGAGAAGGAAAAGAAAGAAAAAGAAGAGAAUAUUCCUGAAAAUGUUCCUCCUGGUAUUGAUGUGGAUAAAAUUAAAAUUGAAACUUACGAGGGAAUUGUGGAUUUUUUGGGCAUGAAACCUGAUAAGAAUAAGUCCAAGUCCAAAAAGCCUCGUUUGGAUAUCUUUACUAGUCCAUAUGCUUGGGUUCCUAUUAAAGACAACAUGUAUGUUCUUACAGGUAAGGAAAAACAACUAAAUCUAGUUUUGGAGCCUAAUGAACCUGACAAGGAAGAUACCUGGCGCUUGGAAAAGUUUGAAGUUGUGGACCAAUACACCUAUUUGGAGCAUCUAAUUAAUGAGCAUGGAAAUAAACAAGGGAUUAAAAAGUUAAAAGAUUUUGAAAAGGUUGAUUCUAGAAAAAAGAAGUACACAAUUAAACAAACUGUUGCCGAGAAACUACCAAACAAGGUGGCUCUAAGAGCUGCUGAUUCAUUGACGGAGAAAUAUUUUGAGAGCCCGUAUAUGGUUCAGCGACGAGCGCCAUGGCGCAAUCAACCUGCUAGCAGUGCUCAAGUUGAUUUGAUAAAGAAGUUGCUGAAAAAAACUCUUGAGAGUCGCGAGAUUACGAGUCUUCACAACAAGUUUCUUAAAGAGCGCAACAAAAGACGCGGGGGAGAAAACACUGAGCCUGAAACCAGUACUCCAGAGGAUAAUUUAGAAUGGGUUGAAGAUAUCACAAAGGGAGAAGCCUCAGACAUUUUGACCAAGGCCAAGAAUGGUGGGCUCAAGGAUUUACUCAAGAGUUUCUAUUCGUACUUGAAUCGAUUGAACAAAAUCACCAAAACCUAA